AUGAUACUUUCUGUUUUGUCGAGCCCCACUUUGGUCUCUGGUUUGAUGGUUGCACGUGCAAAAAAUCCGGUACAUUCCGUUUUGUUUCCCAUCCCAGUCUUUCGCGACACUUCAGGUUUCACAUUUUUUUGUAAUCUACCACUUAUUAGGAAAAUUCCCAAUAGAGGGAAAGACCUUUUAUAUUUUUUAACUGGAUUCUUAUUUAGUCUUGUUCUUUCACGAGGAAUAAUGGAACUAGGUUAUGUCUUCAUGGAAGACCUCGCUAGAGCUGUGGCACAAUUCUACCCCUCUUCAUCUGGAGGAAUGUCUGGGGGGUUCAAUCAACCUCCUUCCCCAGAGGGGGCUCUGCCUGCAUUUCACGAAACCCAAGAUCAGCCUGGUCCUUCAGCUUCAGAAGGGGAGGGUCGGGCUGUCCGGGAUUUUAGCAGUGAAUUGCAUAAUAUUGAGUCAUUACGCAAAGAUAAGUCCCUAGACGCGAGCUACCGAAAUGCCUUAAUAAAGCAGGAAUCGAUUGUAAUUGAAAUGAAAAAGUUCCUUUUACCGGGAAAUCCGAUAACAGAUGAGGACAUUCAGAGGGGAGUCGACUCCUAUUUCACAGCCACCAUGGGACUGUCAGUUAAUUAUCGCCGGAAGAAGCUUUCAGAUAUUCAUAGGGAUUUGACCGACCGUGGGUCGGCUAGUACCUAUUUAAAUGCAAUAAUCAAAGAAAUAGAAUCCAUGAAUGGCCCUUUUUUUUAG